AUGGUCUCUUCUUCUUCUACCGUUGCGCACGGAACGCCAGAUAUACCUGUUCGCCUCAGUGAACGAGAUCUCAGACCAAUCAGGCAAUAUGCAUAUCGUCCGCUGGAGUCACUGAGGCACACUCGUCUCCUGCAUCUUCUGCCAGCCUCAGAGUCUGAUCAGCCGCUUGAGUGUAGCAUUCGGCAGAAGUGUUUGUCAGAUGCUAUAGCUUCUUAUGAGGCGGUUUCUUACACAUGGGGUGGGCCAAAUCUUAGUUGCAGACUGCGUUGCAUCGAUGACAACUCUGAGCUCCACAUCACCAAGAAUGUGGAUACUUUUCUACGACGUUUUCGCGACGAAUAUCGAACUAGAGUCCUCUGGGUUGAUGCAGUUUGCAUAAAUCAGCAAGACCACCAAGAAAAAAGUACACAGAUUCCUUUGAUGGGUCAAAUCUAUCGAUUCGCUUCCAAGGUCCUUGCUUGGCUGGGAGAAGGCGGCAUCGAAGACGGAGCUAUACCUCUCAUACAAUCUCUCUCUAGGAACCAAGUCGGUUACCAUGCGGUCUUGGAAGCUUGGCCAUCUUUGCCUCUCGGUUAUGAGUCGCUGACUUCACUUGAGAUUGAUAGUUCAGAACGACGGCAACAACAGGCUGUGUUAAAACGCUUCUUUCAACUUCCAUGGUUUCGUCGGCGAUGGAUCAUACAAGAAAUUGUCUUGAAUGCUGAGAGUUAUCUACAUUACGGGAGUCACCAAAUAUCCUGGUUCCGCUUCAUGACGACAAUUAAGACACAACUCUUUUGGAAGGACAUAUCUACAGAAGUCCACUCUGUUAUGAGGGUGUUUGAUUUGUGGCAGACCUGGUCCUUCAUGUCAUCCAGCAAAGACUUAGUCCGACGGAGAGGCAACUCUAACCGCUCCAUGGACGAUACUGAAGGUUCUUUGCUAUCUUAUCUCGUCUCGUUCGACGAGUACAAAUGUUCCGAUCCAAAAGACAUGAUAUACGCUCUA